AUGCCUCUAAAGUUACACCUUCCAAAUAUUUUUCUUCUCCCAUUAAAACUGCGUCCAUUGUCUGCUUUGUCGGAUGUUAGAACAUCAUAUUCUAUCAGGUCGGGUCAGAGUUUGAUUUCUGACAGUCGAACAUUGACAGCCAAAGAUGAUAGUUCUGAUGAUGAAAGUGAUGAUGAUAAUGACAAUUUUGGUGAACACACUAUCCAGGCAGACCAGGUUUUGUCGGACUAUUCUCUUGAUGUAUGUCCCCCGGGUUUUGACGUGCCAUUACUGGAUGACUUGCUCAAUGUGACAAUCUGUGGACAUGAUGGAGAUAAGCCCACAGAAGAUGUUGGAACCCAACAACAACAACAGCAGCAACAUAGGAGGACUCAACCAGAAUACAUCUCUACUGUGGAAGAAGUCAGUCCUGAAGAUGCAAUCAAGAAGGAAAAGUGUAUUGUGUUUACAGACACUCUUAUAGCUUUGAUAACAUCAUUACAUGGGAGUGUUUGUAAACGACAAGGAUGUGGCCGUGUGUUGAGCUAUAAGAAAACAUAUGUUGGAACAUGCCUGGUCGUAUCUUGGGGGUGUAGGUCUGGUCAUGUUGGAGGCAGAUGGGCAGCUCAACCCUCUUGCAACAAGAUUAGAGCAGGCAACCUUGUGCUUGCUUCUGCUUUGUUGUUUUCUGGCAAUUCCUACGCCAAGGUGGGGUUGAUGUUCAACUUCUGUAAUCUGCAGUAUUUCUCAUCAAUAUUAUUCAAUCAGUAUCAGAAGUUGUACAUCAUCCCUGCCAUUAAUGACUACUGGAAAUAA